AUGAUGGCUUUUGACAUUACUCACAAUGGCUGGGACUGCAUGGAGCCUACCAUGAGAAAGCAACUUCGGGAAAUCAUUGCUAAAGUCCAGCCCAAGGUGCUGGUCCUCAGUCCCCCAUGCACGAUGUUCUCAGCGCUCACCAGGACUAAAAUCAAAGCAUAUUGCUCAGUCGAACCAUCUACCACCGGGAGUGGCCUCGCCACGUCAGCCUGGGAUCUCGAUGAUGAGGCUGGCAGGGCCGAUAUCCAUGAGGAAACCUUCGGCAAGACCAUGAGGGAUGCCAUGCACAAGAUGUUGAAAGAGUUUGGUGGGCCAGAGAACUACUUGCGAGCUAGGUUUGCUGAGCAACAGGAGCUCAUUGAAUGGCUCAACUACCUGGUGCAUAUGGUUCCGGUGGACUGCAGCCCAUUCGACUUCUCGGAGAACUUGCCUCCAACCACGGUAGAUACCUUGGAGCAGGCUAAAACCUUCGUGAUUCACCCGGCAAUGUUCUCUUACGCGCCAGAAGCGUCGAUCAAAGGGCCAGCAGAGAACGAUGUUGUGGUUUUGAUGAUGGAAGAAAUCCUCAAGGAUGGCUUCAUGACAGGCCACGACCCCUUACUUCUGGUUCAGUCUGCAGACUUGAGCAAUGGCCAUCCACAGGCAGUGUCUGCACCUUGGAGAACCCAGCCGGGCACGGCACUACCGUUUACACUGGGGUACUUCAAGGGCAAGACCCGAGUGGCCGUGCUGAUGAGCAUGCUGUCUUUGGCCAGGGAUCUCAAGAUUGCCCAUCCGAAGCUUCUGGACAGCAUCCGCAAGAUCCAUGCGGUUCGAGUCUGGGUGUCAUCGAAACGUGAUGAGAUGUUGGGCAACUUCAAGCACAGUGUGCGCGACAACAACCGCAUGAACUCCAAGAACGGCCAGCUCCUUGGGAUGAAGGCGCAAUCGGUGAAAAACAUCAUGGAGCAUUUCGACCAGGUGAACCACCAGAUCAACAGCCACCGCAAGUUGCCCCGCAGUCUCCAAAAGAAGUAUGACAAGAAGGAGAUGGAAGCCUUGUCUGAGGAGGCUGCAUUCGUAGUUGCGGUGAAGGCUGAGGUCCUGCAGCUGAUGCCACUCUCUCCAGAGGCUUUGCAUGCUGGAUGGGUGGAACUCUAUGAAAAGGCUGACCCUUCAGUGGUGUUGGAGGUUCAAAGUGCCAUCAUGAACAGAAAUUGCAACAAGGUGACCGACAUUGCCAGCUUGUGUAGAUUGAUGAACCAUCAUUCUUCUACGACCCCCUUACCAUCCCGAGCAGUCACUGAAAUGGAGAAACUAGAGUCCGAGACAUUCAGUCUCAAAAUGAAACAAUUGGAGUAUGACGUGCAAGCACUACGUGUAGCACGCGCAAAACGGUCAUCCUGGGAGCUACAGGUACAUCAUGCCAAACUCCAAUACCGAAUCCAGGCAUUUCAGGAAUCCACGAAGGCUGCCUGCAACUUCAUGUACGACGCGUGCAAGUUGGUCACAUACCAGGCCUCGGAUGAUUUGAUUCGGCAGAUUUCUGCUUUCAUCAGUGAGAAAACGAACCGACACAAGCUGGACGAGAGUGGAAAUGCUUGCUUGCUCUACCUCAACUGGACUGCGCCUAGUACGCAGAAGAACAAUGCACGGGCGGCCCAAGCUGGGGCUGCUGCCUUUGUGUUGGGGCAGUCUGCCAAAAACGUGGGCCUCCUGCUAUGUCCUGAGUUCACGUACCGCAAGAAUGAGUUGUGGCUCCUGGAACAUUCCAUCACCAAACAACUUUGCACUACUGGACUUUCUCUGGACAAGUCUUUUACCUUGCAGUUUCAGAACAAGGUGGAUGCUCGAGAUCAGGUCAGACCUCUCAACUAUCGAGGCCGUUUCCUAGAAGGCCUGAGUGCAAAGAUGAAGGAGAAGGAAUUCCUUUGGAGAAAUGCGCCCCUUUGGAAAGAUGGUCGAACCGAUUUUGCAGUUCAGAUGCAUACCAAGGACAUGGUUUCCAUUGAAUCUGUGCUUGAAGAUGCCAACGGUGCUGCUAUGGGCACCCCCGAUGCUGAAGAAUUUGGGUUCUCCGGCGCUCGCAAGGUGGAGCAAAUCGGCCAGAACGCCUGCGAGAAGCUGUUGCAGGGCAUGAUGAAAGACCUUUCCAUCACUGGCAGGUCUGGGGUCUUUAUCAUUGACUUGCAUGUGUCUGUCGGCAACAUGUUCGAGGCUUUCGCAGCUUUGAGGUCCUCAUGGAAUCUACCCACCUUCUACAUUGGGUGCACUGAUGACACUGAAACUGCCGAAUGGUUCAAUCUACACAAAAAGGACUGGAUCGCACGAUUGCAUAUGGAAGGAGUCAUUACUGUGCCUGGGUUCGCAAAGCUUUCGGAUGAGUGCCCUUCAGACCUCUUGGAGAAAGAACCAGAACCACCUCGGCUCAACCUCAUCCCAGUACGCAAAGAUCUUUAUCCAGCCAUCCCGGAUGCUAUCCUGAAGGAGUAUGGCAGCCACCCGGAGUUCGCCGGGACCUUCAGCAAGCUCCUGGAUGAGAUCGUUGAGGAGUUUGGGCCUGUGCCGGAUGCCAAGGAAUCCAAUCAGAAUGGUGGGGAGACCGACAAUGGCAAUGGGGAAACCAACACCGGAAAGGAUGGAAAGGAUGCCAAUCGACCUAUUCCAACCCCAAAUGGCCGCAAAAGAAAGGGGAACUCCACUGAAGAUUCCAACAAGAAGAUCAAAAUUGCUGGGGCCAAAAUCAAAACCAUUGAGGCGGUGGGUUCAACAGGUGCUUUGGUGGAGGCAUCUUUGGUGAAUUCCAAAGUCCAAGGUGUCAACUUGCACAUCAAGUCUCAGAACAAAGUGUACAUCUUCAACCAAGGGAACCAAGUGGCAGUUCUCAAGAAUGGACUGAUCCUAUGUGGUUUUGGAAAGGGGAAAUGGCGUUUGCAAAACGAUGGGGCCAAUGAUUCCGAGUUCAACUCUAGCAAGGAAGUCCUCUACACUCUGGACAGCCCUGACAAUUUGGUUCUCUACAAUGGCCAGCUCCAGACCAUCUACCAGGUGGUGGAAAGCGUGCGUCAGAAAGUUCCCACUGUCAAGGUUGCUUACCAUUCAAUGACUGAAUCCCCCAAAGAAGGAAAACCUGGGAACUUCAGCCUCAAACGUACGAACAGCAUCUGGUACAGCCCCCAAAGUGGAACCAAUGUCACGACAGAAGAGGGCAAGGAAGGGGAGUCUCAACCUUCUACGGGGCAGCAAUCAGCAGCAAAGUUGGUACCCAAUAUGAUUUGGACUGGACACUCCACCCAAAUCAUUUUUUCCGUGAAGUACAGCCCUUCCAAUGGCAUUACCCCCAUCCGGCCUCAAGUCGUACUGACCAAUGAGAUUGAGCUGAAGCCUGGUGAGUGCGCUGAACUGUUUUGA